CUUCUAUCGGAUGAAGCCGCACUCAAUUGAGUAUUAUUGACUCAGUCACCACCGUCCGCUGGUAUGAUAAAAGUACGAAUGCACCCGUUAAUACGAGAACACUCUGCUCGGGGGGCAUAACUGAGCGCUUUUCUUCCUUUUGCUAAUGAGCGAAGAACGAACCAAUAAUGGAUCUCCCGGAAGCCACCCUUGAACUACAUUCCAACAAUUGUGCACAAAAGGAAGAUAAAGGCGAAGAAAGUAAUGGGAUAAAGGCGGUUCAUGUAUCAACCGGCUGGGAAUCUCAAGAUAGCGAUACAGACGACGGCGAGGAUAACGAUUGUCCCGCAUUGAAAAAUGAUGUAAACGAAACUGAUCUAUGCAGAGCUUUCGAUCUUAUGACAUUAAAUGGCACUAAACAGAAGGCCUAUGGAGAACACAAAAAGGACGAGUUUCCCGAGGAUGGUUGUGGCGAAAAUGAUGACAACGAUUGCAGUUUACUGACACACGUAUCAAACGAUAAUCAUCAACCACUUAGCAAAAUUGAUGACUGUGAUAGUUCCAGUGAUUCUAGCGUAACGCUCGUACUAUGCAGUGAAGAUGAGGGCGAACCGCAAUGCUUUUCAACAGAUCGUGGCGGUGGUGAUGCCGGUCAGAAUAUGGACACCGAUCCCAGGCGUCAAAUAAUCAAAGUGACCGUUGUCCAUAAGGGACGUGACCGUGAUCCGGAAGCUUAUAGAAAGUGGCUCAAAGCUAAAAACGAAGAAAUACGUAAGAAUCGUGAAAAGGAGAUGCUCCAAAAGCAGGAACUCCACCGGCAGAAAGCGCUGGAAGCGGAACAGCGCGAGCUAACGAACAAAAAAAAGAUCCAAGAAUGGAUGGAGCGAAAGAAGCAGAACUGUAAAAAGAGUAGCACCAAACCGGCAAAAGACAAACCCCUGGAUACUUCUUCAGAACAUCUCCAGUGUGAUCCCGACACGAAGUACAAGAAAUGGUUGUUAAAAGUUAGAAAGCAAGAAGAAGAGAAACGAUUACGCGAUCUCACGGUGAAGCAGUUAGAGCAAAAGAUACAGCAGGAGAAAAAGAAGAUAUCGGAAGAAAUAUACCAGGAAUGGCUGAAAAAUGCCAAAUAUAAACCGAAACCGGUGCCACUCAACCAAGGGCCCAAUACUUUGCGCGGGACGGUCUCGAAGAUUUUUAUCAACCCCGAACCGUGGAAGAGCAACUGUGAAUGAGUGGUGUUCACCAGUCCGAGCGCUUAUCGCUCCAUGUUUUUCAUCCUAAAUUUACUGUAUUGAACUUUUCCAAUCCUUGCGUUUUGUACACCAAGUCCUGUUGGAAACGUUUUAUUGUUAACUGUUAUAAAUUCAAACAUCGAGCAUUGUAAACACCGUUUAUCUACACUUCCUAAAA